CACAAAGACCAGAGCAAGAAAAAAGGUAGAAACAGAACCAAAAAUCUUUAAUUAAAAAAGAAAAAAAGAAAAAAAAUCUUAAAUCUCUUGGAAUUCUUCAAAAUCAAAAAGAGAAAAAAAGAAAGAAAAAAAGAGAGUUGAAUUUUACUGUUUUCAGCUUUUUAUAGCUGAAAUUGUUUGACUGUGCCACAAUCUGUGGGACUCUUGAGCCUUAACAUUCUUUCAAAAUCAUUAGUCUUUCCUUUUCCUUUUGUCUUUCAAGAAAAAAAAAAAAGAGAGAAAAAAGGUUAGGUCACAUACAUUUACAGGACAAACAUUCUUCCUAAUUAAUCUUGGUCAUAAAUCUGCAUUCUUUUAGGGUAUUGUGUUUGGAUGGAGAGAAAGUGUGAGAAAAUGUGGGAAUGUGAGGGAAAGGAGAAGAAGGUAUGAGCAAGAUAUGGGGUGUGUGUUUGGGAGAGAGGCAUCCGGGAGACCGGUAGGGAGGGAAGAGAGAAAGAAAGAGGAAGUUGGCAGGCUUGCGAGGAUAUCGGAGGCGGUUGUUACUAGAAAAGCGGAGAAGGAAGAAGAGGUUGUUAGAAAUGGAAGUAGCAACCGGAAGGUGGAGGAAGAGAAGGCGGAGGAAGAAUCAGCAGCUGCAGCUAAGGCAAGAGCUAAAAGGCGGUCUUCACGGCCGAAUCCACGCCUGAGCAACCCUCCGAAACACGUCCAUGGCGAACAAGUCGCCGCCGGUUGGCCAUCUUGGCUUUCAAACGUCGCUAGUGAAGCCAUCAGCGGCUGGACUCCCCGCCGUGCGGAUACUUUUGAGAAGCUGGAUAAGAUUGGUCAAGGGACAUACAGUAAUGUGUACAAAGCUAGGGAUACUUUGACUGGGAAAAUCGUUGCAUUAAAGAAGGUGCGGUUCGAUAAUUUGGAGCCGGAAAGUGUUAAGUUCAUGGCUAGGGAGAUUAUGAUUUUACGCCGUUUGGAUCAUCCAAAUGUUGUAAAAUUAGAAGGGUUGGUGACUUCAAGGAUGUCAUGUAGUUUGUAUCUUGUAAUGGAGUAUAUGGAGCAUGAUUUGGCUGGACUUGCUGCUAGUCCAGCAAUAAAGUUCACCGAGUCUCAGGUGAAGUGUUAUAUGCAUCAAUUACUAUCAGGGCUUGAACACUGUCACAACCGUCAUGUAUUGCAUCGUGAUAUUAAGGGUUCGAAUCUUCUUAUUGACGAUGGUGGUGUGCUUAAGAUAGCUGAUUUUGGUUUGGCUUCAUUUUUUGAUCCUAAUUACAAGCAGCCAAUGACUAGUAGGGUGGUUACACUUUGGUAUCGGCCUCCAGAGCUCCUUCUCGGUGCCACUGAUUAUGGCGUAGGUGUGGAUCUCUGGAGUGCUGGUUGCAUUCUGGCUGAGUUAUUGGCUGGAAGGCCCAUCAUGCCCGGUCGCACAGAGGUGGAGCAAUUACACAAGAUAUUUAAACUAUGUGGCUCUCCUUCUGAUGAAUAUUGGAAGAAGUCAAAGUUGCCACAUGCAACCAUAUUCAAGCCCCAACAAUCAUAUAAACGAUGUAUAGAAGAGACUUUUAAAGACUUUCCACCAUCAUCAUUGCCACUGAUUGAGACUCUUCUCGCAAUUGACCCAGUUGAGCGUCUGACAGCGACAGCUGCAUUAAACAGUGAAUUCUUCAUGACCAAGCCUUAUGCUUGUGAUCCUUCCACACUUCCAAAAUAUCCUCCCAGCAAGGAGAUGGAUGCUAAACUACGAGAUGAAGAAGCUAGAAGAUUGCGAGCUACUGGAAGAAAUGCAGAUGGGGUGAAGAAAGCUCGUCCACGUGAUCGAGCUGUGCGGGCAUUUCCUGCUCCAGAAGCAAAUGCUGAGCUUCAAGCCAACCUCGAUAGGAGGCGUUUAAUAACACAUGCAAAUGCAAAAAGCAAAAGUGAGAAAUUUCCUCCUCCUCACCAAGAUGGAGCUCUUGGUUAUCCUCUGGGUUCUUCACAUCCCAUAGAUCCUGGUUUUGAUCCACCUGAUGUGCCAUUUAGUACUACAAAUUUCGCAUAUUCCAAAGCACCAAUCCAGACAUGGUCUGGCCCAUUGGUGGAUCCUGCAGCUGUGGGUGCUCUGAGAAGAAGGAAGCACAUGUCAGUUUUUCUUAGCUCUCAACCGGGAAAGCCAGAAAUUGCAUCAGAGGGCAAAAUGAGACCACCUGGACCUGGAGGGCCUGGGCCAGGACCUGGAGGACCUGGUCCUCCCGGACCGGGAGGUCCCGGAGCUCCCUGGCCUGCACCAGGGGGGUUGUUUGUGGGCUUCUUCAACGGCUUGUGCAGUGGGGUAACUUCUUGUCUGUAUGCGUUAUGCUGUUGCUGGUUGAUCCAAGACUGCUUCGGCGGUCCACCUCCACCAGGGCCUCCUGGCGGCCCACGUGAUUUUCCUCCUGGACCUCCUGCUCCAGCUCCUCCACCGCCCAUUGCACCUGCUCCACCUCCAUCUCUACCAGGCCCAGCUCCACCUUAUGCCGGACCUCCUGGUGGGCCACCUGGACCUUUUGGUGGCCCUCUAAUACCUCCUGGUGGCCCUGCAGGACAGCCUGGAGGCCCUCCUGCUGGCCCCCCAGGACCUAGAUAUGGUCCAGGUUUAUGUCUACAUAUCUUCAAGUAAAACAGAUUGCUUAAUCUGGUUUUAGCCUUGUCGCCCCUGGCUGCAUCCCUGCUGAUGGGUCCUGAGAAUGAAGAGCCCAAGCAUACACCAAACUGUGCAAACCUGGGCAAGAAUGGGCAUAAAUCCCUGUUUAAAAGUUCCAUGUUUUCAGGUCCAAGAGAGACUGGAGCAACAGGCUGUUCCAUAAAUUUCCAUUCCUGAAAAAUUGAAAGGUUUAUAGUAUAAAUGGAUAUGCACCGGCUGGUCAAAAUCAAAAGCAACAUUCAUGG